UCGCCGUGAACUGCCGUGGACUGCCGUGGAGUCGGUGGAGAUUGGAGUCGCGUGUCGCGUUGUCACUGUGAUCAGCGGAUAUCAAUCUGUAUACUGCUGUGUACCAAUCCAUCACAUCACGAUCGACGGCCCCGUCGAGCGUGUUGACGCUGUGCACGGAUACUGCCGACGCAUGAUUCUUUUGGAUGAGAAUAACAGUCGCGGCGCGGUGACACGCACGUCGAACGCGCGAAAAUGUCCCGAUAAGAUAGCCACGACGAUUCCAGGAUUUCCAGGGCGCGCCGCGAUCCUUCCUCAGGUGUCGACUCGUCUGUUAUGCAGGAUAGAUGCGAAUCGACGACACAACCAUGUCCUUAAGAAACGUCAUCGAGUGGACGUCCUCCGACGUGAAAGCGUGGCUCAUAGAAAAUGGUCACGAGGAAUACGCGGAUUUGUUUUACUUCCAUGAAAUCGACGGGAAAGUACUUUUGACGCUGAAAGAAGAAGACUUGAAAUCUAGUAUUUUAAACAUAAAGAAGAUUGGUGUUAUAAAAAAAUUGUAUCUAGCCAUAAAGCAACUGCAAAGAGACAAUGUCGCUGUUCUAUUCGACCUGGGAUAUGUGGAUCUGUUUCCUUCGACAAAUUUUUAUACUCAUCAUCAGAAUAAGCACGAGAUGCCCAGUACUGGUACGAAUAACGAAACAUCUAUCGAGAACGAAUUCUAUUCAGCCUCGGUAUCAGAGGAUGGACACGCUUCUCAUUUGCCACCCGAAAUCUGGAAGACACUCAUCAGUUUGGGAUAUUUAUUUAUUGUCACAUGGAUUACUGCCUUUGUAAUGGUUAUCGUUCAUGACAGAGUGCCUGAUAUGAAGAAGUAUCCUCCAUUGCCAGACAUAUUUUUAGACAAUGUACCUCAUAUUCCUUGGGCGUUUGAUAUGUGCGAAGUUACCGGUACCCUACUUUUCGCGAUAUGGCUUGUUGUGCUUAUAUUUCACAAGUAUAGAUUUAUUUUGUUACGGAGAUUUUUUGCACUGUCGGGUACAGUCUUCCUGCUGAGAUGCGUGACGAUGCUCAUUACUUCAUUGUCAGUGCCAGGAGCACAUCUACAAUGCCAACCACGGAAAGUCCCAGAUGAUGAUUGGUCAAAUUCCGCUUAUGUAGAACUGUACAAUAAAAUAGCAAUGGCUUAUGUUAUUUGGCGAGGUGCUGGCAUGUCCAUUCAAGGUGUCAGAACUUGCGGGGAUUACAUGUUUAGCGGACAUACAGUAGCGUUAACAAUGCUUAACUUUUUCAUUACAGAGUAUACUCCAAGACAUUUAUAUUUUCUGCAUACUUUUACAUGGAUGCUUAACAUGUUUGGUAUUUUUUUCAUCUUGGCGGCACAUGAACAUUAUUCCAUCGACGUUUUCGUCGCAUUUUAUAUAACUUCGCGAUUAUUCCUUUACUAUCACACAUUGGCGAAUAAUCAAGCAUUGAUGCAGCGUGAUUCGAUCAGAACCAGAAUCUGGUUUCCGUUAUUUAGCUUUUUUGAGGCGUCUGUUGAUGGUAUUGUUCCUAAUGAGUAUGAAUCGCCGUCCUUGAUAGUUUGCAAUUUAGCAGGCACGGGAAAGAACAUCUGGCAUUGUGUACGAUCUCGGAUUUCUCUCCGAAAAAUGCAGCGCAGCAUAAACGGCAAUUUAAGUAGCACAAAAAAGGAAUACUAG